AUGUUCAACGACGUUUCGCUAAAGCUGAGCACGUACUUUGAUGUCGUCAUGAAACCUGAAACAAUUACACCAGUGUCACCGGUUCAGCAAAAUAUGCAGCCCUCUCUCUCACCAUUGCAAGUGCCUCUAUCGACCUUCGAUGGGUCGUAUGAGAAAUGGUACUCCUUUAAGGCGAUAUUCACAACUGUUAUGUACCGAUACCAGCAUGAAGAACCGGCCCUGAAGCUUUUUCAUCUGCGGAAUUGCCUUGUCGGGAAAACAGCGGGUAUCAUCGACGACGAAGUGAUUUACAACAACGACUACAAUGCAGCUUGGAUGAUCCUCUCCCAGCGCUAUGAGGACAAGCGAAUAGUUGUGGACAAGCACGUGGAAAACCUGUUUAACCUACCGUAG